AUGGACACAACAACCCAACCCCCACCUCCACUUCCCACGACAACUACUACAACAACAACAACAACAACAACAACAGCAACAGCACCAGCAACAACUACAACAACGCAAUUCGACUCCUUAAUCCCUCCACCCAAAACCGCACUCUCCUUAUUGUCUCGAUCGAUCCAAACACAGCAAACCAAACCAAGAUAUCCCACCGGCUGUGCAGAGUUUGAUCAAAAUGUCUUGUUGGGCGGGCUGGAUGGUGGUUCGGUGGUGGGGAUAAGUUCGGAGGAUGACGACUUCUCUCUUGCUCUCGCAUUACAAACCAUCGCCGUCGCCCUCACACAAGCGGCCCACGAGAGAACGGCCUUGAUAGUGACCACCCUGCCAGUCCAAAGCCUGCUCCCGAAGCUGCGACAAGUGCUGGCAGAGCAGCUCUCAAGAACUGGCGGGGCCGUCGACCUCGGCUCCAAAGUCAAAGAGCGUCUCUCCCUCGUAUCCAUCUCCCGCAUCUUUGACCUCCACGGUCUGGUCGAAGUCCUCGGCGAACUUUCUCUUCGCCAAGGCGGCGGGGGGGGAACGCCUGAUGCCGUCCUGGUCAUGGGCACGGCAGCCCUGAUCAGCAGCCUUUUCACCUCCAAGUCGACCGAUAAAGCUGCCGCUCAUGGGUUCGUGGCCAAUCUCGCUGUCCAGCUGGGCAGGGUUGCGAGGGGAGGACCGCUGGUGAUACUGCUCAACUCUGCUACCGCGUUGCACAACGACGGCGUGCCCCUACCCCCGGCAGCCGAGACCGGCGGGGGGGAGAGGAAGCUGGAGGUCGGGGGGCUGACGUCUAUCUUUUGGACGGGGGGAGCAGGACAGCAACACGGGAGGAAGAGUGACAGCAGGCCGGCGUGGGGACAGGUUUUUGGGAGGUUGGUGGGGCUGCAUUUGUUCUGUACGAGGCGUGAUGUUGGGUGGGUGGUCGAGGUGCUGGAAGACGAGGUUGGGGUUUUUGAAAGAGAGGCAGAUGAAAAGGGGGAGGGCGAGGUCUGGACGAGGAGGAACAGGGAGCAGAGGUGGGGGGUUUUGGAGGGGGCCGACGGGGGGGUGGUGGUUGAUGUUGUGAUUUGA